CAGAAUUCAGAUAUUAGUCUCCUUCAUGACCAGCAGAGCUGCCUCUUCAGUUUACUGCAAGGAAUAGCCUCACCGGCACAGAUUCCACCUGGAACCAUUUUGGGUCUCACAGUUGGAGAUCCAAGAGUCAAUUUACCUAAGAAGAGAACCAAAUCUCUGCCAAAUUUUGAGCAGUGUGAAGAUGGAGAGAAAGUAAGGUCACUGAUGGUGAACGGUGUCCCAGCGGAGUGCUCUCAAAGUCUCAUCUGGUCAUCUGAUAUUCGCUCUCAAGUAAUGGAGAAUAAAAUAACAGAACAGGUAAAGAACACGUGU